UGAUAUACUUUGGAAAAUACAUGAUUUUUCUGAUCGAAGUCAUACAGGCCAGUAUCUUGCUGAACAAAUUGAAAAGAGUCAUCUGUCAAAAAAUUUACUCGAAUCUAAAAUUAAAAAAAAAAAGAUUAAAGGUGGAGGUUUAAAGACAUAUGUUAACACACGAUGGACUACAGCAUAUGAAAUGCUUUAUUCAAUUUAUCAACUCGAAUCAUGUUUAAAAGAAGUCAUUAAUGAAAACCCUAAUAUUAUAACAAGUGAAAUAAUCCAUACUAUUAUUUUGCGAAAACGAGGAUUUUUUCAAGAC